UUGCUGCUCUUGUUUCCCGUUAUUCCAGGAAGUGUUUAGCGGCGCUGUUGAUCACAAGUGCGUAUUUCCAGGUGGAUACUGAAGCGUUUCCUGUUAAACUGUGAAUCAAACAGCGGUGAACAUGUCUGGGGGGUCUCAGCUGGAGAACGCCAACCCGGUGAUCUUCCAGCGGUCCGGGGAGCGGCUGCUGACGGCCGAGGAGCAGGACGAGAACCUGCACGACCCCAUCGACGACAGGGAGAUCUUCGAUCUGAUCAGAUCCAUCAACGACCCUGAGCAUCCUCUGUCUCUGGAGGAGCUCAACGUGGUGGAGCAGAUCCGCGUCAAGGUCAGCGAUGCAGAGAGCACGGUGGGUGUUGAGUUCACACCCACAAUUCCCCACUGCAGCAUGGCAACGCUUAUUGGCCUGUCAAUCAAAGUCAAGCUGCUGCGCUCCCUGCCGAACAGGUUCAAAAUUGAUGUUCACAUCACUCCUGGGACUCAUGCCUCAGAGGAAGCAGUGAACAAACAGCUGGCAGACAAAGAGAGAGUGGCAGCAGCUCUGGAGAACGCCUCUCUGCUGGAGGUGGUCAACCAGUGCCUGUCCAGCAGGAGCAUGUGAACAGCCACGAGCACGUGCAGCUCUGUCUUCCACACCUGGAGUGUGUCUGCAAAUGUCUGCAAAUGACGAGCUGCAGAGACGCUGCGCAGCCAGGAUCAUACAAGUUCUGAAGAGGAUUUCAACAACAUUCAAUAAGAAACCUGCAAAUUGAUCAUGAACUCAUCAGCAAAGUUGUGAAACUGCCUGUUAAAUUCUACAAUAAUCCAAAAUCUUUAUUGUUUUUUAUUGUACUUUUUACAGAAAUAUCUAACAUUACUUGUCCCUUGUAAAUAAUAUUAUGGCUUUUGAGAUUUUAAUAAAGUACAAGUCAUACAUGAAA